GUAACACCAACCAGGUCUGUCACCCCCCCCCCUUGUUGUUUUCUACAAAUGUCUUACACAAUGUGUGACUCAUUUUGUGACUAAAUUGCUCACUGUCAUGGCUCCCUAAACCCACUUCAUGGAAGAACCUCAUCGCAGUAAGGCAGCCACAGUGGUCCGGUAAUGGGUGUCUGGCUCUAUAGGCUCUCCCUGCUGUGCUGGGGAACACACACACACACACACACACAUAGAUGUUAACUUACUUACGAUACACUACCUGAUAUAAUCCUAGUGUUUCUGUUAUAUGAAUGGGGUUGAAGAAACCCCCUGCACAGAUAUGCACUUACAGCCCCUCAUUGGGAGGUCACAUCACCACAUGCCAUGUUGAAAUAGGAAGACCUGAUUCGCUGCUGCUGGUGUAAAUAUUUCCAAUUGAAUUGCCAUGAUCUUGAUGCUAUACUAGUGUAUUGCCUUAGUUAAACGCUAUCAACUUAAAAACAGAAAGAGUAGUUCCUUAUCUCUAUCACAACUACCCUUCUCAGUUGUAAUGGCUCCUGUUGUGGCAUCGUCUCUCUAGAUAACCUUCCUGUAUGUCUUUUUGCCGUGUCUUUUCCAUGUUGCCUAAUUGGGCGUUCUCGUUUCCUAUUUGGUAGUGUCCCCAAUACCCGCCCCUCCAUCACUGCCAAUCGACACGUAUCCGUCACCACCUGUCCCCUCCCUCCUCGUCCCAUUGGUCCUUUUUAAAACUCUUCUCCUCCCUCCUCGUCCCAUUGGUCCUUUUUAAAACUCUUCUCCUCCCUCCUUGUCCCAUUGGUCCUUUUUAAAACUCUUCUCCUCCCUCCUCGUCCCAUUGGUCUUAUUAAAACCCUUCUCCUCCCUCCUCGUCCCAUUGGUCUUAUUAAAACCCUUCUCCUCCCUCCUCGUCCCAUUGGUCUUAUUAAAACUCCUCUCCUCCCUCUGCUGGAUCACUUUCUUCCACCUGAUCCCUCGUUCCAAAGACCUAAGGAUGGACUGGAGCGCUUACGAGGUAGACCCACUGGAUGUCCCUCCUCUCACCCCCACCAGUAAGGAGGUCCUGAGUCAGGCGAUAAGGGCCACCUUCGCUGGCUUCGCCCAGGAGAGCAGCCGUAUGCACAUCUCACAAGACCCUAAACUGUGGUCAGAGUGGGAGGUGAACCACUGGUUAGACUGGUGCCAGGCUGAGUUCGGGCUCCAAAGCCUGGGCUCGGAUUGGAGAGGGCUGCCUGGGAGUGAGCUCUGUACCCUGGACAGAGAGGCCUUCCUGGACCUGAGCUCUGACUACACAGCAGGAGAGAUCCUCUGGGAACAUCUGGAAACUAUGCGGAGAGAUUGUGAAUAUGAUCGUGGUUCCUCUCUAGUCCUUUGCACGUUGAAUUCUCUCUGCCAGUCGCAAAUGAACCAAGACAGUUACGUGGACCAUGUGCAGCUCAUGGACAAGCAGAAUCACCAUGGUCAGUUCUCCCAUCUCCCAAUAGAACCCCCACAGCUUCUGACCCUUGACCCUGUGACUGUGAGAUAUCAGGACUACCACCGGGUCAAACAGGAAGGACCUUACAGAAACCACCUGUCCUCUGUCCCUCUGCUCCGAGACCUUGACAGGACAGAGUGUGAUUCUGAGUUUGGGACCCUGCAUUAUGAGGACACGGACAUCACCGCUUCUCUGUCCUUGACUAGACCAACGCAGGGUGUGGAAGAGUCCAUCUCUGAGGACCCCUUCAAUGUGCCACCCCCACACAGGAGCUUCAAAGAGUUUAUCGGGGACAAGACUGAUCUGGGUAGAGCUGUAAUUCCGGCAGGCAUUCUGUCUGCUUAUACUGGCAGUGGUCCCAUUCAGCUGUGGCAGUUUCUAUUGGAGCUCCUCAUUGACCGCAGCUGUCAAUCAUUUAUAAUUUGGACAGGGGAUGGAUGGGAGUUUAAACUGACAGAUCCUGACGAGGUGGCCCAGCUAUGGGGCCGGAGGAAGAACAAGCCUAAGAUGAACUACGAGAAGUUGAGUCGAGGCCUGCGCUACUACUACGACAAGAACAUCAUCCACAAGAACGCUGGCAAGCGCUACGUCUACCGUUUCGUCUGUGACCUGCAAGGCCUGCUGGGAUACGAACCAUGGGAACUGCACGCCAUGUUGGAUAUCACGUCCAAAGGAGGCCAUGAGUGAAAGCGGGGAAAUGGGCGUUUCCUUUAUUCCUUGACCGCUUCUAAACACGCAUUGGAGGAGAAGGUCCGAGGGGAGGAGCCGUAGAGCGGAAGGGGAGGAACCUCAGAUCUUCUCCUCCAAUGAGUUUUGAGAAGGAGGUUGAAGAACCAAGGAAAGACUUUGAAAUUCACCCAGACGUUGGUGCAGACGGGUCAAGAGACAAGAGACUGUGUUUACAAAAACUCAACCUCCUUAUCAUUUGGCAAUCAUUUCUUUGAUCAUGGUCAACUGUAAGCUGUGGGGCUUGUAUGUUUUUAUAUGUGAUAUGUAU